UCUCGGAGGCCGAGCAGAAAAACAGCCACAGGGUGUGGUUGUUGGUUUUGCAUCUGGAAGAUGGAAGUUUUCCACCCGGAAGGGGACUGGCUUUCUGAGGGCUCCCAUCCAGCUGUGGCCACUUCCUUGUUCCUGCAGCUCCUCCGGGCGGAAAAAAGCGAGAGAAGGAAGCGCCAGAAGGCAAAGGUCUUGGCAGCAGGUGGAAGCUUCAUCCUCCCCGAGGACAUGACCUCCCUGACCCAGGAGCUGGGCACGGCUUUCUUCCAACGCCAGCAGCUGCCGGCCUCCAUGGCCGAUACAUUUUUGGAACACCUCUGCCUCUUGGACAUCGACUCGGAACCCAUCACCGCCCGGAGCACCGGCAUCGUCUGCACCAUUGGUCCAGCCUCCCGCUCUGUGGAGAUGCUGCGCGAGAUGAUCAAAGCCGGGAUGAACAUCGCACGGCUGAAUUUCUCCCACGGCUCACACGAGUAUCAUGCAGGAUCCAUCGUGAACAUCCGAAAAGCCACCGAAAGCUUCGCCUCCAACCCCCUUUUCUACCGACCGGUGGCCAUCGCUCUGGACACCAAAGGCCCUGAGAUCCGUACCGGUCUGGUCAAAGGGGGGGAGAACAAAGAGGUGGAGCUGGUCAAGGGAUCGAAGCUGGUCGUGACCACGGACCCCGCGUUCCAGGAACUUUGUGACGAGAAGACCCUCUGGGUGGACUACCCGAACUUGCCAAAAGUGGUCAAAGUUGGUGGACGGAUCUUCGUGGACGAUGGGCUCAUCUCUUUACUGGUCAAGGAAAUCCGCCCCGACAGCUGCGUGGUGGAGGUGGAAAACGGUGGGAUGCUGUGCAGCCGAAAAGGGGUGAACUUGCCGGGGGCUGAGGUAGACCUGCCAGCUGUCUCCGAGAGGGACAUUCGGGACCUACAGUUUGGUCUGGAGCAGGGGGUCGACAUUGUCUUCGCCUCCUUCAUCCGCAAGGCCAGCGACGUGGCUGCCAUCCGGGCCGUGCUGGGAGAACGCGGCCGGGCCAUCAAGAUCAUCAGCAAAAUCGAGAACCACGAGGGGGUGAAAAAAUUUGAUGAGAUUCUGGAAGCCAGCGAUGGCAUCAUGGUGGCCCGGGGAGAUUUGGGCAUUGAGAUCCCAGCCGAGAAGGUUUUCUUGGCUCAAAAGAUGAUGAUCGGCCGAUGUAACCGAGCGGGGAAGCCUGUGAUAUGUGCCACGCAGAUGCUGGAGAGCAUGGUCAAGAAGCCCCGGCCCACGAGAGCAGAAAGCAGUGAUGUGGCGAACGCGGUCCUUGACGGCGCGGACUGCAUCAUGCUGUCUGGCGAGACUGCCAAGGGCGCUUAUCCGGUGGAGGCCGUGAGGAUGCAGCACGCGGUGCGUAGCCGUUUUCCUCGCUCAAAGCCGGCGCACGAAAUAAAGAUCCCUAUUGUUUUCGUGGGGAGGAACCAGAAAAUCUUUUGUUGUUGUUAUGGAUGUUGGCUGUUGAAAUCCUCGUCAUCCAGGUCUGCGCAGCUGCUCUCCCGCUAUCGGCCCCGGGCUCUUAUCAUGGCCGUCACCCGCAGCGAGCAGGUGGCCCGCCAGGUGCACCUCAGCCGCGGCAUCUUCCCCGUCCUGUGGCGAGAUCCCAAGCAGGAGGUGUGGGCCGAUGACGUGGACCGCCGGGUGCAUUUUGGCAUGGAAGUGGGCCGGGUGCGAGGAUUUUUACGCUCUGGGGACGUGGUCAUUGUGGUGACCGGCUGGAGGCCUGGUGCCGGCUACACCAACAUCAUGAGGGUCCAGCAGGUUCCAUGAAGAAGGCGAGGAAGCCUCUGGGAUCCAAGAGGGAGGGGACUCUGGCUCCCCCCCCCGGGAUUUUGUGGCUGAAAGUGGGGAACCCCCCAGGUAACAACAGUCCCCACACUUAUACCCAAGCUUGUGCAUUGACUGCUUCGGACAUAUGGCCGACCGGUUUAGUCCAUCUGCUCUAUUUUUGUAUCACUCCUCACCACCUUUUUUUCUCCAUGGGUUGAAAAUGCAUGGAUGUCUUUUGUAAUCAUCUUUGA